AUGACUUACGGCAAAACCAGCUACAGUGACGGCAUGGGGCCGGUCCACAAGCAGAGCUGGAUUUCGUAUUUGGUGGCCCUUGCCACCAUGACGCUGCUGUCGUCUUGGAUGCACGUGCUCGGCGGGCUGCUGCUGCUGGCCUGGCGCCCGCCCUUUGGGGGCAUUCUGGCGCUGCUCUGGUCGACGGUGUUGGUGCCCGCGAGCGAGUGGCGGGCGUUCCGGGAUGGCUGGAUCAUGAGGGCGUGGAGGGAGUACUGCCAUUACUCGUAUCACAUCGAGCAGGAACUGGAACCCGCCAAAUCGUAUGUGGCCGCCUUGUUUCCCCACGGCGUCAUCCCCUUCGGCAUGAUGAUGACUUGGGCUGAGACGCCCUUUCUGGUGCCCGACCACCCCUGCCACGGGAUGGUGGGCUCCAGCCUCUUCCGGAUACCCCUGUACAAGCACUUCAUCACGUGGAUGGGCGGUCAGCCCGCGACAAAGACCAACAUUCUCAGGGUCUUGAGGCAGCCAGGGCAGGUGGCCGUGCUUGCGCCGGGGGGAGUCGCGGAGAUGUUUCUCACUGGAGGGGCGUCAGAAAAGGUGAUGCUCCGCAGCCGGAAGGGCUUCGUCCGUACGGCCCUGAUUGCGGGUGCCGACAUCAUUCCCGUCUACAUCCUGGGAAACAGCUGCAUCCUGACGCUCAGAGGCACCAAAUUCCUGCAGGCGCUGUCCAGGAAGACGGGCAGCGCCCUCGGACUCCUCACGGGCAGGUGGGGGUUGCCAGCACCCAUCCCCGCCCCCCACCCCGUGCGGGCCGUCAGCGCCCCGCCCAUCAAGGUCGAGAAGGCCAUGCCGAUGACUCAUCCGUUGUUCGACCAAGAAGUCGAACGUCUGCACGCCCUCUUCAUGGAGAGCCUCCGGGCGCUGUACUACAGGCACAGGGGGGACUUCGGCUGGGGCGACCGGCCCUUGGAGAUCGUGUAA